AUGGGUUAUCGAGAAGACUAUGAGCGCGCGCGAUUGGUCCACAUCCUUGAUUUUGGGCUAUCUCGAUCAUAUGCGAUUCAGUCGAAGGACGGAACAUGGGUAGCUAGGCGAGCAAGAGGUACAGCAGAAUUUCGUGGAACAUUGCGGUAUUGUUCACCAAAUGUACACGAAAAGAAGGAGCAAGGUAGAAGAGAUGACCUCUGGUCACUUUAUUAUGUUUUUAUUGAACUGCAUUGCGGUCUCCCAUGGCAAACACUACGAGACAAGCAGAAAAUUGAUUAUGCUUCCAGAAUGUUCUACAAUGGACUAGUAGCCGUUAUGAAACGAGUAGGUGCGAAGGCUUCAGAUCCUUACGACUGGGAGACUCCGGAAUCCGUGAGAAAAAUAGUAAGUUACGUAAUGGCUUAA